AGCGGCGGAGGCGGCGGGGAGCGGAGCCCGAGCUCGUACAGGGCCGAGGCUGGCUGUUUUCCAGCCCUGAAAGAGAUCUGUCUGCAUCGGGGAGAGGGCUGGGAAGAUCUCGGCGCAGCUCCUCGCGAGGCCAUCCUCCCCUUCCAGGGGAUUGUGUGUGUGCAUUGCAGCUGCGGCGAGGAGCUGCCUGCAGCCUGCGGCUCAGCAAAAUGUAGAGCAGCACGAUGGCAGAGAAAGGCAUGGAUCCUGCGUGCGUCUCCAUCGCCCUGGAGGACACGGUUUGCCACGCCGGCCCCCCGGACGCCCCGCUCCUCACCACCCACUUGAAGAAGGUGGAGAACCACAUCACAGAGGCCCAGAGGUUUUCCCACCUCCCGAAACGCUCGGCUGUCAACAUCGAGUUCAUUGACCUGUCCUACUCUGUGCGCGAGGGCUCCUGGUGGAGGAAGAGAGGCUACAAGACCCUCCUCAAAUGCCUGUCAGGGAAGUUCUGCCAGCGAGAGCUCAUUGGCAUCAUGGGGCCAUCGGGUGCCGGCAAAUCCACGCUGAUGAACAUCCUGGCUGGCUACAGGGAGACGGGUAUGAAGGGUCAGAUCCUGGUGAACGGGCGGCCGAGGGACCUGCGCACCUUUCGCAAGAUGUCCUGUUACAUCAUGCAGGAUGACAUGCUGCUGCCACACCUCACCGUGCUGGAGGCCAUGAUGGUCUCUGCUAACCUGAAGCUGAGCGAGAAGCAGGAGGUGAAGAAAGAGCUGGUCAAUGAGAUCCUGACGGCCCUGGGGCUGCUGGAAUGCUCCUACACCCGCACCAUCUCGCUGUCGGGUGGGCAGCGCAAGCGCCUGGCCAUCGCCUUGGAGCUGGUGAACAAUCCUCCAGUCAUGUUCUUCGAUGAGCCCACCAGUGGUCUGGACAGUGCCUCCUGCUUCCAGGUCGUCUCCCUGAUGCGUUCCCUGGCUCAGGGCGGCCGCACCAUCAUCUGCACCAUCCACCAGCCCAGCGCCAAGCUCUUCGAGAUGUUUGACAAGCUCUACAUCCUUAGCCAGGGCCAGUGCAUCUUCAAAGGCGUCGUGACCAACCUCAUCCCUUACCUGAAGGGCCUUGGGCUCCAUUGCCCCACGUACCACAACCCCGCUGACUUCAUUAUCGAGGUGGCCUCAGGAGAGUAUGGGGACCUCAACCCUGUCCUGUUCCGUGCUGUGCAGAACGGCAUGUGCACCAUGGCAGAGAAGAAGAGCAGCCCCAACAAGGCGGACUCAUCGUGCCCGGCUCAUUGUGUGACAGAUGUGGACCACAUCGAGAGCCACACAUUCGCCACCAGUACCUCCACCCAGUUCUGCAUCCUCUUCAAGAGAACCUUUAUCUGCAUCCUGAGGGACACGGUGCUGACCCACCUGCGCUUCAUGUCCCACAUCUGCAUCGGGGUGCUGAUCGGGCUGCUCUACCUGCACAUCGGCAACGACGCCGGCAAAGUCUUCAACAACACUGGCUUCCUCUUCUUCUCCAUGCUCUUCCUCAUGUUUGCUGCACUGAUGCCCACCAUCCUCACCUUCCCCCAGGAGAUGUCUGUAUUCCUGCGAGAGCACCUGAACUAUUGGUACAGCCUGAAAGCCUAUUAUCUGGCCAAGACCAUGGCAGAUGUGCCCUUCCAGGUGAUCUGCCCCAUUGCCUACUGCAGCAUCGUGUACUGGAUGACAGGCCAGCCGCCCGAGGCCACGCGCUUCCUCCUCUUCUCUGCCCUGGCCACCGCCACUGCUUUGGUGGCCCAAUCCCUCGGGCUUCUCAUUGGAGCUGCUUCCACCUCCCUGCAGGUAGCCACCUUUGUGGGACCCGUCACCGCCAUCCCCGUCCUGCUCUUCUCGGGCUUCUUUGUCAGCUUCAAGACCAUUCCCACCUACCUGCAGUGGAGCUCCUAUGUCUCCUACGUCAGGUAUGGUUUUGAAGGCGUCAUCCUCACCAUCUACGCCAUGGAGCGUGAGGACCUGGAGUGCCUCGAGGACUUCUGCCCUUUCCAAAAACCCAUCAAGAUCCUGCAGGAACUGGACGUGGAGGAGGCCAAGCUCUACCUGGACUUCCUCAUCCUGGGCAUCUUCUUUGUCAUCCUGCGGCUCCUGGCGUACCUGGUGCUCAGGUACAAGGUCAAGUCGGAGAGAUAAAGGGGCCACGGGACCCCAGAGCUGCCCCCCCGGGCCUGAGCUGCUGCAUGGCAGCCAUGGACCAUGUUGGUAGGUGCCAGCCAGGCCUGGCUCAGUCGAGAAGGGUUUUGAGACAUCUCGGAACUGUUUUAACCUUUCCACGCUCUCUUCAUGGCAAACGUUUUGUACAGCCCCACCACGCGUCCCCCGGUUCUGCCUCACCCCCACGGAGCUGCAUCCCUUCACUCAACCUGCCUGCCUAUGGGGGAUAGCAGGGAUGGUCCCAAGGAGGCAGAGUGAGGCUGUGGGGAGCUCCAGGCAGGAGAAGGAGAGGCGCCGGGGGUCCGAGCCCCGUGGGGACACACACAGAGCCAUCGCAUAGAGAAGAGCCCCAAGCCACCAAGUCGCACAAGGCUUCUGCGUUUCCUGCUGCUGCAGCCACAGAUUGCUGCCUCCCCUUUUCCUUUCUGCUUCAAUCCUCACUUUACUUCUUUUUU